CUAAUCACUAAUCAACAAAGGAAGUGCUUGUUAUACAUAUCGAUUGAUAUUCUUACUGUCAUUAUUCGGGAUUGAGAGCUGUCUUACUAAUAUAUAUAUAUAUACAAAAAAAAACAUCACAUUCAUCGAAUCGAUUUUUUUUUCUCAUCUAGGCAACCAAAACGUGAAUACUGGUGUACCGAACCAAGGGCAAGGACCGCAAUACCAGCAACCAGGAAACGUUCCAGCUCAAGGGUAUCAUCAUCAACAACAUCACGCAAACAGUCAAGGCCACGCUGCCCAAGAAAAUCACCAAGAUCUAGAACCGCACGCGGAUCAAACUCGCAACCAGCAAGCAGGACAAGCUCCACCAGUACACGCGGGUCAACAAAACCGAGACAAUCAAUUGAACCCGUACCACGGACAACACGGCGGACACCAGUGGGGGAGCUAUUCGAGCCACUACCCGCAUCAGACUCAGCAACAACAGGCCGGUUACUAUUACCAACCGACUUACCCGGCCCACUUCCCAGCUCCAGUGGCCCAGCAUCCUCCUGCCCCUUCCCAACACCAUCAACCCCAGCCAAAUUACCCUCCUCAUCAGUCCCCUGCUCAUCAACCACGCCAACCUACUCCCAGUACCAGCAACCCCAACAUGCCUCCACCUCCUCCUCCUGUACUGUCUUACCAGCAGACAAGGGACGCAGAGGAGGCGAGGCUUCGCCAAGCAAUCGCCAACCUCAGACGAAACCUAGACGAAGCGAGAGUCGCGGGGAACAACCCGAACUUCAGGCAAGUUUUAGGUGUAGCGAAAGAAACUCACAAGGAGUUGGAGGACUUUCUGGGCGGCAGGCGCUAUUGUCAGAAGGUAGAAGAGAUAGCGGGCUACAACCCCUAUUGCAUCAACCCUCAGACCAUGAUGGAGUACGAGCAGCCAAGACCAGAAGCGGGUCCCUCGAGUCAAUGUCGCAAGAGAGCUCGCCAAGAAGAAAUCGAGGAGUUAGCAGAGACCUCAUCCAACCUCUUGGAUAUGAUGCUGAUGGUGAAGCGUAUGAAGCAAGACGAGAAGAGAGAGUCAGACAAGAAAGACAAGGGGAAGGAGAAAGAACAAUGAUUCUCCAAAUCUGCUAUCCCCUUCUCUUAAGUCUCUCAAGUCAGAAGAGGAUCAGCUAGACCAAGUAGUCAAUCAAGGACUAUUCAACCAGUCGUAUUUAGGCUCACAACCAAAUCAAAAAAAAUCUAUUUCUUCCUCUGUUUCACUCUCAAACACUUAUAUGGAUUUAGAUGACCUUAUACGAAGAAAAACACAUGCAAUCUAUGAAAAAGUUGAGCACUUG